CAGCGCCAUCUUGAGCGGACGAGCGGCGGGUUCGUGGUGGGCCGCGGCGCCGGAGCUCCGUCAAGCUUGGGGGCUUCCCUCGCGCGCGGAGUCGGCUCACAGGUCGGCGCGGCGACCGCAGCUGGCCGCGGGCCUGAGGAGGAGCCGCCGCCAUGGAGGAUGAGAUGCCCAAGACGCUGUAUGUGGGGAAUCUAUCAAGAGAUGUUACUGAAGCCCUAAUUCUCCAGCUGUUCAGCCAGAUUGGACCAUGCAAAAACUGCAAAAUGAUAAUGGAUACGGCUGGAAAUGAUCCCUACUGUUUUGUGGAGUUUUAUGAGCAUCGUCAUGCAGCCGCAGCUUUGGCUGCAAUGAAUGGUCGGAAGAUAAUGGGUAAGGAGGUCAAAGUGAACUGGGCAACAACCCCCAGCAGCCAGAAGAAAGAUACGAGCAGUAGUACCGUUGUCAACACACUGCGUUCACAAGACCACUUCCAUGUCUUUGUUGGGGACCUCAGCCCAGAAAUUACAACAGAAGAUAUAAAAGCAGCUUUUGCACCAUUUGGAAGAAUAUCGGAUGCACGAGUCGUUAAGGACAUGGCAACAGGAAAAUCUAAAGGAUAUGGCUUUGUUUCUUUCUUCAAUAAAUGGGAUGCAGAAAACGCGAUCCAACAGAUGGGUGGACAGUGGCUGGGUGGAAGACAAAUCAGGACUAACUGGGCAACGCGCAAACCUCCAGCUCCAAAGAGUACAUAUGAGUCCAAUGCCAAACAGCUCUCCUAUGAUGAUGUUGUAAAUCAGUCAAGUCCGAGCAACUGCACUGUGUACUGUGGUGGUGUUACUUCAGGGCUAACAGAACAGCUGAUGCGCCAGACAUUUUCUCCAUUUGGACAGAUAAUGGAAAUCCGGGUCUUCCCAGAUAAAGGGUACUCAUUUGUGCGGUUCAAUUCUCAUGAGAGCGCUGCACAUGCCAUUGUUUCAGUCAAUGGCACAACCAUAGAAGGGCAUGUUGUGAAAUGUUAUUGGGGCAAGGAAACGCCAGAUAUGAUUAAUCCAAUCCAGCAGAAUCAAGUGGGUUAUCCACCACCUUAUGGGCAGUGGGGCCAGUGGUACGGGAAUGCCCAACAGAUUAGCCAGUACAUGCCCAAUGGCUGGCAAGUCCCUGCGUACGGAAUGUAUGGACAGGCAUGGAGCCAGAGCUUUAAUCAGACCCAGUCUUCUGCAGCAUGGAUGGGUGCAAGUUAUGGUGUGCCUCCACCUCCACCUCCACCACCCCCGCCACCCCAGGGGCAAAACGGAAGUGUUCUAACUAGUCAAACUGGAUAUCGGAUGGCAGGUUUUGAAACGCAGUGAGAGGCAGAGGAGGACUCUGGAGCAGAACAGCUGGUGGUUUUGAGGCUAAAUGGAGCAUUGUAAAUCUUUUGUUUACUUUAAAAAAAUCUAUCCAAUCAAGUCAGUGCAAAAGUCAGAAACAGUAUUUAUUUUUAAUCAUGAAACUUCGUUGUCCACCUUUUUUUAAAACACAAACACACACACACACACACAGGAAAUACUAGAUGCUGGAUAUCUGCCAACUUUUGCCUUCUUUUCCUCUUUUGAGAUGUGUUUCUUAAGAUCCUUGUUUGAAACACAACUAAUGCAGGGAUUUCUGCCACUUUUAGAUGGGGGCAGGAAAUUGCACAAUAUCAAACUUUUUUUUCCACGGAAGUAGUGUGCAGUUCUAGUUUGCAUUCCUAGUAUGACUUAAUGUAUAUGAAAGCAGUUGUACAGAAAAAAAAACACGCCAAAACUGUGUGAAUUCUGAAGGUUGAUUACGACCUUCAGCUUGUGCACAAUUCUGUUUUAAAGAGAGCCUAUUGUAUAAAGUGUCCAUCUCCUCACUUUUGUUAUACUGGGGUUUCAAAUAUAACUUAUUGGUUUACAUUGUUUUGUAUCUAGACAUUUUUCAAAAAGUGGUUUUUGCCUUACUGUCAGCUAUUAAAUUAUUAAAUGGGGGCAGGGGCGGGGAAGUGACAAUUGACAAAACUUAGUUGUGCAACCGCUCUCGGAUGGAUCCAACUCUUCAUGUUUUUGCUGUUGUGGUUAGACAUGAAAAGGUGCCUGGCUGGGAAAUCCCUGUUGGAUUUGCUCAAAGAUCUUUUUCCUCACUGAUGAACUACAGCCCAAUAUUACUAAAGAUGUGACACAUUCUUAUGAACCAGCUUUUUAAAAUGUCAGUUUUUACAUUUACAUGUAUCCUUUAUCAUGUAAACUAUUUUAGCAAAUUAAUAUUUUUCACAAAAGUUGGUCAAACUUUUGUAUGUCUCCUUCUUUGAAAGGGUAAGAGGCAGAGAGACCUACGUGACUUAUGAGUACGAUUUUAAUCUUCGGUUUUUGCAUGUGAAUAUCAAAUACAUUGUUAGACUUGGAAUCCGCAAGUUAUCCGCUCGUUUUUCAGAGCCGAGUAGAGCAAGCAUUGGUCUUAACUGUUAGCAACAUUCAAGUGGAGUAAGUUUGACUUGAUUUAGCAUGUACAGGUAGAGUUGUGAAAUCUUGUAGCAAUUGUGUGAAUCAGGCCAGGGGUAUGAGGAAUGCUCCAGUGAAGCCUGAAGGACCAGCUGGAUAAUAAAGCAUUUGGAAUUGUUCAGAGGCCAAAAAACGUUGCUAUCCUACCUCCUUGAAUAGCCUUCAGAGAGUGCAAAAAACCUGAAAACCAACCCUGUCCCUAGGCGUAGUAUUUAUUUAUCCCUGUUGAUGUUUGGGCACCUGGAGGCUUUUGCUUUUUGUUCUGCCUUGGUUGCCGCUUUUCAUGGGGUUAUUGAGCUUAUGCUAGACUGAGUGUCCUAUGAUAAUGUAUCGGUGGCAACCCUAAGACAGAGUGGAUGAGUCAGUUUUGCAGAUGUUAAGAUUCUGUCUGUCUUGAUUCCAACUCCUCAUUGUUUGUCUUUGGGGAAUAUUCCGGGGGUGGCUGUCAAGAAGUGAUUCUAAAAUGUGAAAACUUGCUAGAGAAUUUUAUUUUGCAAUGGGUGUGGUGACCAGUGUUCCCUCUAACAGGGAUUCCCAGAUGUUGCUGACUACAACUCUCAGAAUCUCAAGCAAAAGCCAGUACAACUGGUGAUUCUGGGAGUUGUAGUCAGCAACAUCUGGGAAUCCCUGUUGGAGGGAACACUGGUGGUGACUCAAAAGACCAAGGAAAGCCUAGGAUGAAUCUUGAGGAACUGUAUUGUGCCUGACUGUGUUAAAAACUGGCAUGUUGAAAAGUGAGCCUGGCCAGAAAUGGCUUAGGACUCAAGGGAGCGGUUCAGUACAGCUGUGUUUAAAAACCUGGCUGUAAAGAUGUGAAUGCAGCUCUUAGAAGACAACUUGUUACCCUGUAGACAAGGCCUGGCCCCAAAAUACUAAAAAUAAUAAAGCCUACCCAAAAGAGAUCUUUAACUCCCUAGGUCAUUCUUAUGUGUGUCUCCUUGCUGCCUUUUAAACUUGCAUGAACAUAUCUGGCUUCUGUUCACCAUUCUUCCCAAAGAGGACAUGACUAGGUUUGAGGUGAGCUUGGUGCUGCACAGGGGUUGCUGUAUGUGUGCACUGAGCAAUAUAACAGUCCAGGUUUGGUCUACUUAUAUAAAAUUCCUGUUACUGAAAUGGUCAAAAACCUAUUACCCCAUUUUAAAAAUGUGAAUAGCUCUUAACCUCUUCUGAGUGCUGAUUUCUGAUUUUUCACUGUCUCUGGACAUUCAGGAAAACAUGAAUGUCUAGAGGUUUUUUGGUUGACCAUGAUUCAAGCUUUAAUGCAUUUCAAAAACAUGAAGUAUUUUAAGGGGUAGGAUGCAGAGGAGGAAAGGAUAGCUUUUCAGAAUUUUUUAAAGAGGACAUGAAUGAAGGUGCUCAGUUAGACUUCAAAAUACUGUUGGGGCCCUUCUAACGUGGUUCUGUAUCCGAGACUAGGUCUGGUGUCACUGCCUGUUUCUGUUGCAUCAGCCAGUCAGCACUAUGUGGCAGAAGCUUCCCAAGUGCCAGCCUUAUUGUGGGUGUUCCCUCCUCUCUACUGUAGCCCGUCUCCCCUGUGGCCCUAAGCUGACAAUCAUCAGAGCCCAUUUCUUCCUUUCCCUUCUUGCUUCCUCCUCUUGGUUUAAGCAUCUGCGUGUCUUUCAGGUCUUUCCAUUUUAAAAAGGAGCUUUCUAAAGGCAAGCUCUUUUAACGUUGUAGUACCCUGUACAGAUAGGAAAAGAAUGAAGCCACCCGAAGUUUUUUAAAUUUUAAAGUAGCAGCCCAUUUUUGUCUUUGUAUGAAUGUUGAAAGCUUCAUUUGAACUAAUGUGUUUUGAUACUUGUGUUUAGAAGUUCAAGAACUUCACUCCAGAAGCCGAGAAUUUUGAAAGCCAUCAAGGAUGUUAAUAAAAGAUGUGAGCUUGCUUAUUUCAUCCUUA